AUGGCUCUUCUUCUUACUGGCCUUUCGUUGUUGGCUGCUACUCAAGCGGCCAAAUUGACCUCUGUCCCCGUCCCCGAUGGAUGUGCUGGUCUACCUAACUGGAGUGCUUAUGGCAAAAUCUCUGGUCCCUGGAUCCCUAUCGUGGAUCAGUGCGUGAACACCACUGCGACAGACCAUGCAUGCAGCAUGGAGGGCUACGGAACCCAAGCCGUUGCCUUCCAGCAACAACAGGGUAGCACCGUUGUUGAAAAAGGAUACAUUGGCAUCGUUGAGGACAACACCAUGGCAAAGAGUACAGUGCGCUGUUUGGAGGGCACCGGCUUCCAAGCUGUGGUUCCUCAUUCCGGUUAUACUUCAAUCACCAUUACCGACAUGCCGUACAGUGCUCAAGUUAUGUGGAAUUUGGGCGAGUACAGCGAGCCAGUUCACGCAUACUAUCAUUACCUCGAUGGGAAGAAGCAGGAUGGUAUCUUCCUGGGCUCUCACAAUGUUACUACCUGGGGUAUCUCGCUCCAGGAUGGGCAGAUUGGAAGUGGUGACAAGCCGUGGUGGAUGAUUCGCCUGCUUGGCCCAGGUAGCCAGGAUCCUCAAACUGGCCAUGCAUUAGAAGAAAAUGAAUACCGCACCUUCAUUCGUAUUGAUGGAAUCCACGUAUAG